AUGGCCAUUAUUGUGGCUGUAUUUGUGGCUUUUGGAGGACUUCUCUACGGCUACGACACAGGAACUAUUGCUGGAAUCAUGACCAUGGGCUAUGUGAAAGAACACUUUACAGACUUUGGGAAGAACGACUUCACCUCGGGCCAAUCAUCUCUCACCACAUCUAUCCUAUCUGUGGGCACAUUUACCGGAGCCAUCGUUGCUCCCUUAGCUGCUGACACGGCUGGUCGACGUCUGGGUCUUCUGUUGUAUUGUCUUGUAUUCUCUGUGGGUGCUAUUUUGCAGACCGUCACAACCGGAAGAGUCUUGCUAAUUGUGGGACGGGUGAUUGCUGGUCUUGGUGUGGGAGGUAUCUCGUCCAUUGUGCCUCUCUAUCAGUCAGAAGUGUCUCCCAAAUGGAUCAGAGGGGCCGUUGUUUCUGUCUACCAGUUUGCCAUCACUGUGGGUCUUCUACUGGCAGCUAUUGUCAACAAUGCCACUAAGGACCGUCCAAAUACGUCAUCAUACCGUAUCCCUCUUGGUAUUCAACUCAUUUGGGCUCUUAUUCUUUCAGCAGGACUUGUGUUUCUUCCUGAGACUCCUCGUUUCUGGGUCAAGAAGAACCGGCCAGAGAAAGCCGCCGAAGCACUCUCACGGCUAAGAAGGCUACCAACAGACUCGAAACCGGUAAAAAAGGAACUGCUUGAACUACAGAAGUCGUUCGAAAUGGAAAUGGAGGUUGGAAACUCCUCCUGGAAGGCUUGUUUCAGUCCACAUGGAUCACAGCUCAAAAGACUGCUGACAGGAGUCUCAAUCCAGGCUCUGCAACAACUAACAGGCAUCAAUUUCAUAUUCUACUAUGGAACCAACUUUUUCAAAACAGCUGGCAUAAAAGAUCCCUUUGUGGUGUCCAUGAUCACCUCUGCCGUCAAUGUGGCCUUCACCCUUCCGGGUAUUCUGUUUGUCGACAAAGUGGGCCGAAGAAAGCUGCUCUUGAUUGGAGCCGUGGUAAUGUGUGUUUCAGAAUUAAUUGUGGCAGCUGUAGGAGCAGCUCUGGAUAGCCAGGUGUCUUCCAAGGUCCUUAUUGCCUUCACUUGUACGUUCAUCGCAGGCUUUGCAUCCACCUGGGGACCUAUAGCCUGGGUGGUUGUUGCGGAGAUUUUCCCGCUUCGAAUCCGGGCCAAGGGAGUGGCUAUCAGUGUGGCUGCCAACUGGAUUUUCAACUUUGCCAUUGCCUUUGCAACUCCGUACUUGGUCGACAAGAAACCUGGGUCUGCCGGUCUCGAGUCCAAGGUGUUUUUCAUCUGGGGAGGUUGCAAUUUUCUAGCCAUUGCCUUUGUGUACUUGUUUGUCUAUGAAACCAAAGGGUUGUCACUGGAGCAGGUGGACGAAAUGUACUCGGAGGUCAAGUACGCCUGGCAGAGUGAUAGGUUCCAGACCGAGAUCAUGUCUGGAAAGACGGAGGUUUCGCCGGAUCAGAGCUGCGAUUCUGGAUUUGAUUCGGAUUAG